GUACUUUGCCCGUGUCCCGGAUAAACCUGCCCCGGGUCGGUGUCCCGGGAGCGAUGCCUGGGCAUGGAGCGGGAGAAGGUUCAGGAAGAGGCGGAUUAGAGGGAGUUGUGCUGGAGGUGUGACCAGGCUGGUGGAAAAGGGCGUGUUGGGAACUCGGAGAUCCGGUGCCUGGGAUGGGGUUGCGCCACGACAUUAAUGGAGCUCUGGAGCCAUCCAACAUCGACACCAGCAUCCUGGAGGAAUACAUCAGCAAGGAGGACUCUCCGGAGAUCUGCUUCCCUGACAUUCCCGCUCCAUCCGGCUACGCGCACUCCCAGCCCUCCAGCUCCGCCAGCAUCACUCCCUCCAGCUCCAUCAGCAGCGCUCCCAAUCCCUCUUCCAGCGCCCCCCUCCACCUUCCCCCCGGCAGCAGCCAGCUCCCGAUCCGGCAUGGUGCUCUGCUGGCCAAUCCCUGCGGAUCCGCCUACGGAGCUCACCUCAACUGCAACAACAACAACGGGCUGGUGGUGCCCAAGGGCUUCCUGGGCGGGCACUGCCUGAGCAGCGGGGGCCCUCCCAUCAAAACGGAGCCCAAGGCUCCCUAUGCACCUGGCACUUUGCCGGACUCUCCCCCGGAUUCCGGAUCCGAAGCCUAUUCCCCUCAGCAGGUGAACGAUCCUCACCUCCUCCGGACCAUGACUCCCGAAAACAUGUGCCACAUGACUCCCCCUUCCCGCCUGGAGCACCCUCCUCCUCCUCCCCCUCCCCCUCCGCCCCCCCACCUCCAGGGUCCCCCCCCGCCUCCCCCACCCCCUCACCCCCUCCAGCCGCAGCACAGUUCCCACUUUCCCGGCCUCCAGCGGGACAUGUUCCUGAAGGCCGAGCCCCUGAUGCCUCCGUAUGGGAUCGGGCCGGGAAUGGCGCCGGCCGAGCUCCACCACGCCCAGCAAUCCCAGAUGCUGCACCAGCUCCUCCAGCAGCACGGAGCAGAGCUCCCGGUGCAUCCCGCCAAGAAGCGGAAACACUCCGAGUCCCCCCCCAACACCCUCAAUGCCCAGAUGCUCAACGGGAUGAUCAAGCAGGAGCCGGGAAUGGGAUCGGUGCCACUCAAUCCCGACCGAGUCCAGACUCCUCCCUGGCACCAGCCGGGUGCUCUCUCACCAGGGCUGAUCCAGGAUAACGACAGUCUGAACGGAUCCUACCUGGAUCCCAACUUCCAGUCCAUCAAGUGGCAGCCACACCAGCAGAACAAGUGGGCAACUCUCUAUGAUGCCAACUACAAGGAGCUCCCGAUGCUCACGUACCGCGUGGACGCCGACAAGGGAUUCAACUUCUCUGUGGGGGACGAUGCCUUCGUGUGCCAGAAGAAGAACCACUUCCAGGUCACGGUGUACAUUGGAAUGCUGGGAGACCCCAAGUAUGUGAAGACCCCUGAGGGCCUGAAACCCUUGGAAUGCUUCUACCUGAAGCUGCACGGAGUGAAGCUCGAGGCCUUGAACCAAUCCAUCAACAUCGAGCAGUCGCAGUCGGAUCGCAGCAAACGGCCCUUCAACCCCGUCACGGUCAACCUGCCCCCGGAGCAGGUCACCAAGGUCACCGUGGGGCGGCUGCACUUCAGCGAGACCACGGCCAACAACAUGCGGAAAAAGGGCAAACCCAACCCGGACCAGAGGUACUUCAUGCUGGUGGUGGCCCUGCAGGCACACGCCCAGAACCAGAACUACACGCUGGCCGCCCACAUUUCCGAGCGGAUCAUCGUCCGGGCUUCCAACCCGGGCCAGUUUGAGAGUGACAGUGACGUGCUGUGGCAGCGGGCGCAGCUCCCGGACACCGUGUUCCACCACGGCCGCGUCGGCAUCAACACCGACCGCCCGGAUGAGGCCCUGGUGGUCCAUGGCAACGUGAAGGUCAUGGGCUCCCUGAUGCACCCCUCAGAUGUCCGGGUGAAGGAGGACAUCCAGGAGGUGGACACCACGGAGCAGCUGAAGCGGAUCUCCCAGAUGCGACUGGUGCACUACAACUACAAACCGGAGUUUGCGGCCACGGUGGGGAUGGACAACACCUCUGAGACAGGUGUCAUCGCUCAGGAGGUGAAGGAAAUCCUCCCGGAAGCUGUGAAGGACACCGGGGACCUGGUCUUUUCCAAUGGGAAGACCCUGGAGAACUUCCUGGUGGUGAACAAGGAGCGGAUCUUCAUGGAGAACGUGGGGGCCGUGAAGGAGCUGUGCAAGCUGACAGACAACCUGGAGACCCGCAUCGACGAGCUGGAAAGGUGGAGCCACAAGCUGGCCAAGCUCAAGAGACUGGACAGCAUGAAGUCCACCGUGAGCUCCGGAGCCUUCAGCCAAACAGGGAGCCAGUUCAGCCGGGCGGGAAGUGUUCCCCACAAAAAGAGACCCCACAAAGUGGCCACCAAGUCUCCGUCGGUUGUCCCGGAACAGGCCUGUAUCAGCCAGCGCUUCCUGCAGGGCACCAUCAUUGCCCUGGUCAUCAUCAUGGCAUUCAGCGUUGUGUCCAUGUCCACUCUCUACGUGCUGAGCCUGCGCAGUGAGGAGGAUCUCGUGGAUAUCGACGGCUCCUUUGCUGUGCCCACUGCCUGUCUCCUGGCCCUCUUCCGGCACGGCGGUCCCGGAAUUCCGGUCGCUCUGUGUCCACGGUCAAGCCAGAACAUUGAUAAGACCCAGAUGGUGCGAUCCACGGCCACAUCCAAUGGAGCCGGCAGCAGGAGCCCCCUGGAGCACGUCCCAGAGGACACAGCUGGAGUAUCCCUGGGCUCUCCUGCUCCCAGUGUCCUGGCCUGUUUCAGCCCUCCGUGUUUUUCCAUGUGCUGCUCCGCUGUUCCCACCGGCGUCUCCUCCGUGGUCCCCUCGGAGACCAGCCCCACUCACAGCACCAACAGGACAGACCAAAGCCAGACCUCCCUCCUUCCAGCGACAAACAUCAAAGCCAAAUCCAGGGGCAUCACCGGGAAAUCCUCCUCCUACUCCAAGUGGCCAAAGACUCCUGACAGGUCUCAGAGCUUCGGCAGCCCCAAUGCCAGCCCCUCCUCCCCCUUCUCCCACAUCCAGGGCAAAUCCAAGUACAUCUCCAACCUCUCGCUCUCCCGCAGCAGCUCCCGGCAGCGGCGCAGCCUCCGGCAGCCGGUGAGCGAGCGGCUCCGCACGGAGCAUCCCGGCACGGAUGGGCCAAGCCCAGUGCUGGAAUCCAUCCGGAUCCUGGAGAUCAACCUGGCCAUCCAUUCCCAGUACUGCGCCGCUUCUGACGCCUGCAGGACUGGAAACUUCAGCUUCCGCAUCCCUGUGAACCAGCGGACGGCUGUGGACACCAACCUGACCCUGGAGAUGAACUCCUCCUCCGCUGUGUCCAUCUCCCUUUGUGGCCUUGUCUCCAGUGAUCCCUGCCAGGAUGCUGUGAGCAGGAACAGCUCCAUGGAUACCAUGGAUGCACAGGACACCACGCACCGCUGGCCUCUGGUGAUGAUGUCUUUCCAGGAGUUUUCCUACCACUUCCGAGUCGCUCAGCCGGGCCAGGCCGACUGCGGCACUUCCCCGGAGCAGCUGGGCCAGCUCUUCACCGACUAUUACUUCCAGUUUUACUGGCUCUGCGAGUGAUUCCCGGGAGCACCAGUGCCCUCUGCUUGGAGACAGGAGGGGGACUGGUGCCACUGGGGAGCCUCCCGAAUUCCCCAGCCCCCCUCAUCCCCGUGUCCUGCGGCAGCUCCGGAGCUGGAAUGCUGGUGGCUGGUGAUGCUGAGCACACCCAGGACCUAAAACCCACCACCAGUCCCGGGGUGGCUCCAGGGGUGACCUCACGCCUGUUCCCAGCAUCCCACGUCCCUCUCCCUUCCCUCCUGGAGACCCCUGUGUCCUCCAUCACUUCUCCCUCCCCUUCCAACGCUGGAUUGGGAAGCAUCACACCGGACUGAAGGCCACAUCCCAAAGGGAUGCUCCUUCCUUGGAUCUCCUGGUGCUCCCGGGUGUCCCACGUCAGUUCUUCACAACACUGGAAUUGCUUCAACACUGGAGCCCUUUCCGAGGGGUUUGGCCUUUGGAAAGGAGGGCUGUGCCUGGACAUACUGGAAGUCGUACACUGGAGUUGCUGUUCCUUCUAGUUGGCCCAGGGCCACUUCCCACAGACCCCCUGGAGCCCCUCGGACUUGCCAAUGGACACGUUCCCCUGGGAACAACCCGAGAAGGAGCAGCUUCCACAUCAUUCCCCCUCCUCUCUGUGCUCUUAAAUCCCACCAGAUCCAGGUCUGGAUGGAUAAAACUCCCACUAAAGCUGCUGCCGAGGCCACACCAUGUGCGGGGACACUUGGCAUCAACCCAGGGGUGACAGAUGACCGGGAUUCUCCCACACUGAGUGUUGUGGGAUCUGUUUUUAUCCAUCUGGGAGCAGCAUAUGGAGCUGCCUGGUCGGCUCUCAAGCCAACACCAACCCCUGCCCAGAUGUGCAGGACAGAGACUGCUGGAAAAUCCUGGAGCGCCCUGCAGAGCAAGGCCAAGUCCCUGGGAAUGUGCCAGGGCGGGAUCUCUGCCUCGGGAGAGGGCGGUGGUCUCCCAAAAAGUGGGAAUGGCAGUGGCUCCGAGCUGUCCCUGCCCUCCCAGAGCACUUGUGUUGGGGUAUUUUGGGAUAUGUUACUGUUACAAGUCCUUAACUUGCUAAACUACUGAGUUCUUUGGGGUUUUAAGCUGUAAAAAAAAAAAUGGGAAUUUCAUCCUGCCCCACUGAGCCACAUGGGAAAGCCAAGUGGCUCCGUGUGUAUCCCCCUCCCCAUCACGCUCCGGCUCCUCCUGCUAAACAGGAGUUAUCUGCAUUCCUGGAGGCUCAGCCACUUCCAGGUUAUUCCGAGAUGGAUUUCCCUAAGGAAAACAGUGAGGGGGAAAUGCCACACGCUGAUCCUGUGGAUGCUUAGGAGCUGCUCCGGAAAAACAGGAUGGUUUUUAUCCAGGUAAAGUGAUGGUUCCUGUGGAUGUCUGGUUUUGUCUCUUGUCAUCCACCUCCAGAGCUUAUCCCAGCAAAGCAGCCCUAAAAUUCCUUGUUGGAGUUGGUGGUUUCCAGGUCAGGGGUUUAGGCCUGGAAGCAGCAAACACUGAAUCACACAGUUACUAAAAUCCACUGAAUCCUGGGAAGCAGGACAUAGUGGGUGAGCAGGGAAUUCCAAGCAGCCAAGCAGUCGGAAAACCCAAUUUUGGGAAGCUCAGUGGGACAACAAGACACCCCAAGGCUUGGGAAUACCUGAGCACAAGGAGGUCGGCUCCGUGCUCAGCAGGAUUCUCUGUUUCCCCCUCAAAUCCUGAAGGAAACACCUGGAUGUAGCUCAGUGCUCUUCCCUCCGCCUGCCCCGAGGGGUUUUUCCCGGCUUUAAGCUGGAAAGUGAAUUCCCUGGCAGGUUUAUUGUCCCCUUGGCAAUCAAUGGCCCAGGCUGGCACGUCCUUCCUCAGGUGAGUGAUGCCAGGCUGGGAGAAAUGUCCCUUGGAAGAGGAAACAGGGACUGUUGGGAGGGCCAGAGCCUGCAAUCACCCCCUCAGAUCCCCUCCACCUCAUCCAAGACUUCCCAGCACAUCCCACCCUGCUCCUGAGGGAAGGAAUCAAUCAGUGGUGGCCCAGGAGGAGUUGGGAUCUCUCAGGUGUCCCCACGAUGCUCAUCCAUGGGAUUUAGUGGGAUUCCCAGCAAACCAAGCACCUGAGGGCUUGGAAACAUCUCUGGUGCCUUUUUCCUUGUGGAACAACCCCAGGGAACAGUGUUUUCCCAUGUAUUUGUCAAAUGCUGCCUCAGAAACUGUGGCUUAACCGGGAUGAGGCACCUCCUGGAGUGCCAAGGCCAGCCCUGCCCACACGGAGCCGGGAGCAAUCCCCGGGAUGGAGAGAGGACAGGGAUUCAGGGUGGAGCUUUUAGUGUCAACAGGAUCUUGUGUCUGAAGUGGCACAGGUUUCCCAGGGGAGCUGUGGAUGCCCCAGCCCUGGAAGUGUUCACAUCCAGGUUGGAGCAACCUGGGCUAGUGGAAGGUGUCCCUGCCCAUGGAACUGGUCGGGCUUUAAGGUCCCUUCCUACCCAAACCGUUCCAGGGUUCCACGUUAAAAAUCAUCAGCUGCUGCCCAGUGAGGCAGAAAUGGGGUUUAUAAUUAUAAAAUUAAAAUCAAGGAGUCAUGGAAUUGCUUCUAGGCCCGUGGAAACAGCUGUUUGUAUGGAUUUCUCCCCAAAACCCACACCUGCCCCUUCCCCGUCCCCAGUCAGUCCCAAGAGAGUUCACAAUCAGGCCUUUCCCCACGUGGGACAGAGGGAAUUCUGAGCUUGGAGAAAUCCCUCUUUAUCCAGAGACAUUCCUGGCAGGAAGGAAGACAAAAGGGUGGAAACUUGGGCUGUUUGGGAAUUUGUUUCAAAAGCAAAUUCCCAACUCUUCUGUCCUGCUGUUGGAGCUUAAAGCCUGUAAAUAGAGACUAUGGCACCACUGGAAGACUUAAGGAAAAAACCACCAAGUAAAGCACUAAUUUGUUGGUUUAAAUGUUGCUGCCACAGCUUUAAUCACUGUAUUUUGCCAGCCAGUUUGUAGAGUUGCAUUUGUAGCAGGUUAUUCUUGAUUCCUGGUUUUUAUUUGUGGGAAACAAACGUGGUUUCCCUCUUUUCUUCCUGAUUUAUAUUUAUAUUUUGCUGAAUUUGGAGGGGCUGAGUCUCUGGAUUCCCCCCUCCCCCUUUUUUUUUUUGUUUUGUUUUGUUUGGCUUAUUUAGACUUUGUUUUCUGCUGGAGGUAAAUGUGCCCAUAUGAAUAAAAUAUAUAAAUACUGCUUUGUAUCCAA